UUGCCAAGAAAUAAAUGACCAUAUUUUUAUAGUAACACCUUCUUUCCACCAUGUCUACAAGCACUUGGCAUGCACCUUCCUUCACCUUUCAAAGCAGCUGACCAAUAUUCUUGCCCAGUCAAUGUUCCCAAAAUCCAGCUUCAGAAUCAUAUAUAUGAAACCCUUCAUCCACCCCCUCAAACCACAAUAACAAUUUUAACAAUUUGAGUCCUGCAACAAGGGAUCAUAGAAGAAUUGUUCUAACUCUUCAUCUAAAAUCUUUGAGUAAUGGCUCUUCAUCAUUUUGACUACCUUAUUGCAAAGGAGCAAACAUCACAGAGUGAUACUAGCAGCUCAAAUUCUCCCUUGUUUGGUUUGAUAGAUCUUUUCCUAUACUGCACAAUUUUCAACAAAAUCCUCAAGUUCUUCUCAAAUUUCUGGUGUAGUAACUCAGAGGUAAGGGGAGAGGAGAAGGUUUCAGAUUAUGAGUUUAACCACCAAGAAAAUGAGUCAAAAAGUGAGGGGAUUCAGAGGGAUGAGGUAAAAAAGGUGAUGGCAGAACUGGGAUUUUUUUGCAGCAAAGAAAGUGAGGAACUUGAAGAAAAGUAUGGUUCCAAGGAGCUUUCUGAACUGUUUGAGGACCAGGAGCCCAGCUUGGAGGAGGUGAAGCAGGCUUUUGAUGUUUUUGAUGAGAACAGAGAUGGGUUUAUUGAUGCAAGGGAACUGCAUAGAGUUCUCUGUGUUUUGGGAUUGAAGGAAGAAGCAGGCAUCGAGAAAUGCAAGAUAAUGAUCAGAAACUUUGAUAAGAAUCAAGAUGGAAGAAUUGAUUUCAUUGAGUUUGUAAAAAUUAUGGAAAAUCGAUUCUGCUGAUUUGUGUGUAACCUUGUUCAUGGAUUCACUUAAUAUAUAUGCAAGUUUAUUUGAUAUA